AUGAGUUUAGAAGAUACUUUAAGUAACAUGACGUUAUAUGACGCCAAGAAAUACUUCCGGAAAGCACAAAAUGUAGUAUUCAACUACACUGAAAUGGAAAGUAAAGUUAGAGAAGCUACCAAUAAUGAACCUUGGGGUGCCUCGUCCACUUUAAUGGAACAAAUCGCUCAAGGAACUUACAACGUUAGAGAACGUUAUGAAAUCGUAGGGAUGAUCUUUAGAAGAUUCACUGAAAAAGCUGGGAGUGAAUGGAGACAAAUCUAUAAAGCAUUACAAUUGUUGGAUUAUUUAAUCAAACAUGGGUCUGAACCUUUCAUUGAUGAUGUUAGAUCGAGCUUGAAAUUAAUUCAAAUGUUGGAAACUUUCCAUUAUAUAGAUUCAGAGGGAAGAGAUCAAGGGAUUAAUGUGAGAAAUAGAGCAAAAUUAUUGGUCGAGUUACUACAGGAUGAUUCUAAUAUUCGUCAAGAAAGGAAAAAGGCAAGAGAAACUUCUAAGAAAUAUAAAGGUGUCGCAGGGGGUAGCGCAGCUACAACAAUGAAUGGUUCAUUGACUGCCAAUACCAGAGCAGGAUUCACCGUAUCUGGUUCUCAAGGUAUAAGUGUUAGUGCCGAUUUUGACUCUGAUGAUUCUGAUAAUGAAGAGCGCUUUAAAUCAUCUCCAUAUAAUGAUAGAAGCAGUGCUAGAGGUCGAUUUAAAGAUGAUGGUGAACAACCUUCAUCCGAGCUUACGACUGCUAAUAAGCUUCUAGAUACUAGUGGAGAUAAUAUAGUAAACGCUACAGUUGAGGGUGAUGAUGACGACGAAGAUGAUUUUGAUGAUUUCCAGAGCGCCCCUCCUGUACCUUCUCAAAGCAAUGCACCAAUAGCGCAAAAUAAUAUAUCUUCUCUUUUGGAUAUAGAUGGAACAUCAUUCAAUGCAAAUGCUACACCUUACCAGCCACAGUUACAUAUUCAACCUGUAGUCGUACCAGCAAUCAGUUCAGCAACUAAUACAAAGAAAGACGAUCCAUUUGGUUCAUUAUUUUCAAGUGCUAAAGCUUCCUCUGCAUCUAUUCCUAAACCUGUAAAACCAAUCACCAACCAUACCGCUAAUCUAGCACCAAGCACAAGUACGAACAUAGCGGCGUCAUCCAUUGCAGCAACUGUGGGUGCUGCAGAUGAUGAGGAUGAUCUAUUCGGGGAUAUGACUUCUUCUACUGCAGCAAACACCAACAACGCUACUACGAAUUCCACUAGCACGGGUACUACGAACUCCACUAACAAUAAUGGUAGCAAUACUGUUGAAGAAGUUGAUUUAUUAAUGUUCUAA